AAGUCUAUAAUAAUCUUCAAAAUCUCUCUCUCACAACACAUCACACGGUUCACAUUUAUCCCACUCGCCACUCAUAAGCGCGUGACCUUAACACAAUAAAAAUGAAUGGCACCAAUAACAUAAGUUAAACAAAAACACAACAUUAUCACCCCCAACAUAACAACGUCAACACCGUCCCCAUUUUUUUGUACCUUCGAAACAAAAAUGAUCGUACUUCAAUCAAAUCAUAACAACUUCCAUCCCCACAUAACACGUUCAUUCAUUGUGAAAACAUAAAACAACUUAAAUAUAAAAAGCGCUUAAUAUUUCUGUGAUUUCUUUCUUUAUUCAAUGAACAAUCUUUCUCUGUUCUGAAACCGACCCACAUCAAGAAAAGCGGUUUAAUCCAAUAAAGUCACAAUCUUUCUUUCUUUUGAAUCCAUUUUCUACAACCCCACAUGGAAAAGGAGCCACUGCUCCCAUCAUAUUUCAGCCCCAGAAAGAAGCUUUCACCAUUACCAUCUCAACUUUUUCCUUUACCAGAAAACGAUGAAAUGGUUCUUCCUGUUACCCCUUCUGAGUUCAAGGAUCGUCUCAUUUUUGGUCCUUCACCAAGAGACCCUUCACCUUUGUCUGAUGCCUUAACACUUUCACGUAAUUCACCAAGUUCCUCUUCACAUGAUUUUGAUUCAUCACAACAGUCUCAACAACAACAAUUGUCUUCUUGGUUAAUUGAUCCUAAUUAUCCAUGGAGGAAAACAAAUUUACAUCGGUCGAGAACCGCGCCAGCGAUGGCUGUUAUUAGUGAUUUUAAUCAUCAUGCAUCUGAUAAAAGACCUCAAUUUGGUAGUCAAUCUAUUGUUCAUCAAGCUGUUAUUCUUCUUGUUCUUUAUUUGGCUUUAGGGGUUGUUAUUUAUUGGUUUAAUCGGCAUAAUUUUACAGCAACUGAAACUCAUCCUAUAGUUGAUGCAUUGUAUUUUUGUAUAGUUACAAUGUGUACAAUAGGGUAUGGUGAUAUUACACCUAAUAGUACUGCAACCAAGAUUUUCUCUAUAUUGUUUGUGUUGAUUGGUUUUGGUUUUAUUGAUAUACUGCUAAGUGGAAUGGUUAGUUAUGUUCUUGAUUUGCAAGAGAAUCAUUUGUUGAGGACAGUGAAGGGAAGAGGGGCGAAGGAUGGGAGGUCAUAUAUAGUUGAUGUGAAGAAAGGGAGGAUGAGGAUUAGGAUGAAGGUGGCAUUGGCAUUGGGGGUAGUGGUACUUUGUAUUGGACUCGGUGUCACGGUUAUGCAUUUUGUUGAAAGGCUUGGAUGGGUAGAUUCUUUUUAUCUUUCGGUUAUGUCUGUUACGACAGUUGGGUAUGGUGAUCAUGCUUUCAAGACUUUGCAUGGUCGUAUCUUCGCCGCAAUAUGGUUGCUCGUGUCUACGCUUGCGGUUGCCCGAGCGUUCCUUUAUUUGGCUGAGGCGAGAGUGGAUAAGCGGCAUAGGAGGAUGGCUAAGUGGAUUCUUGGUCAGGAUAUGACCGUUGCUGAGUUUCUUGCUGCUGACAUGGACAAUAAUGGAUUUGUGAGUAAAUCAGAAUACGUUAUAUACAAGCUCAAGGAGAUGGGAAAAGUGACGGAGAAGGACAUCAUGCAGAUCAGUGAGAAGUUUGAUAGACUAGAUACCGGAAACUGUGGAAAAAUAACACUUGGUGAUCUCAUGGAGGGUCAUAGUUGAUGAGCUUGAUCAGCAUCGGGGCUAUCCAAGGAGCAAGGGGAGUCUAAAUCCAUUGUUGUCACAUAAAAAUGGGACUGCCAGAUCCUCAAGUUGCAUGCUGAUUAGUGUAGACCACAUUUGAUGGAAACUUUUUCUUUUGAGGGUUAGGAAGGAUAAUAGAUUAUCAAGUAACAUACUGGUGAUUUCCCCUCCCAUACCCUUUUGUCGCACAAUGAGUAACUUGACGAGGCACGAUAUGCUGGUGAAAUUCUGAGUUCUUUUGCCGGCAUUUUGCAAUUGAUCUUAAUGGAAUUCCGGUAUUAUCAAUUACAGUAUAGUUAGGUUGAUGAGAUGGCUUGUGGUAAUGGAGGGGGCAAUUUUGGUUGGUUAAAUAAUUAUUUUGUACAUAUUCUUUUUGAAAAUGUAUGUCUUUAUUCUUUAUGAUAUCUCUUGAUUAAUUGUGCAAAUCAAUAUGGAACAUCUUGGUAUUGUUUUUGCCAAGAUGAUUCAAUUAGCCAAGGUUGUAGUUCCCGUUUAGCUGCUGAGUCGCGAGAUAUUACUUCCAGUUGUAAUUGUUUUAGAAUGCUUUAUAUUGUGCACAUGCCUUCCAAAGCAAGUAAUAUGAAAUUUUUAAGGUGAUCA